GGCUACAAUUAAACCUCAAAACGAAACACGGAUCGUUCUUUUUGACCGUAGGAUGGGGUAGCUUAUCGACGGUUGUGAAUCAAAAUCCCUUCUAAUAAAUAUCUCCCUCCAUUCUUCCCCUUCCAUCAAGAUCUACUUCGUUUUGAAAUCUGAUUUUGUUGUCAGAGAGAUUUCGUUGUUUCGUCGGAGAAAAUGUCAGGCCGAGGAAAGGGAGGCAAGGGAUUGGGGAAGGGAGGGGCGAAGAGGCACAGGAAGGUGCUGAGGGAUAACAUCCAAGGAAUCACGAAGCCAGCGAUUCGUAGAUUGGCUCGUAGGGGUGGAGUGAAGAGGAUCAGCGGUCUGAUAUAUGAGGAGACGAGGGGAGUUCUCAAGGUUUUCCUGGAGAAUGUGAUCCGUGACGCUGUUACUUACACAGAACACGCCAGGAGGAAGACGGUUACAGCCAUGGAUGUAGUGUAUGCUUUGAAACGACAGGGCAGGACUCUUUAUGGAUUUGGUGGUUAGAGUGGUUUAGAAUUUUGUUGUUAGGAAUGCUUUUGUAACAAUUCAUGUUAAAUGAAAGAUAUUGACUCUC